UUUUGGUAGGUCAAGUUACUUUUGCAGGAAGUAAAACAAGGAUCGAUGGCACAGCGUAGUGGACAUUGAAGACAAGCUAAUUGAAAUAAUACAAUCAGCAAUACUGGAUUAAAUUUAUCUAACGAACUCUCCAGCGCCAUACCAAAACAUUGCAUAUAUUACUAAUGGCAGCGACGUUGGAUUUUAGGACCCAUGCGGACCAGUCGUGUAGAUAUUCGGAGGAGUUCGUCAACAUUUACUACGACUGCAUGGAUAAGAAAAGAAGAAACCUCACCAGACUCUACUUGGAUAAGGCAACCUUGGUGUGGAAUGGAAACACUGUGUCAGGACUAGAUGCGCUGGGAGAGUUCUUUGAGGCCCUGCCUUCCAGCGAGUUCCAAGUCCAGACACUGGAUUGUCAACCGGUUCACGAUCAAGCAACCCAAGGUCAGAUGACUCUACUUGUGGUGACUGGCGGAACAGUUAAGUUUGAAGGGAACAAGCAGCGUUUCUACAACCAGAACUUUCUUUUAACGGCUCAGGCGUCACCGAACAACGACCAGCCAGUGUGGAAGAUUGCUAGUGAUUGUUUUCGUUUUCAAGAUUGGAACAGCUGAGUGUCCUCAGCUUUUCUUUUUUUUUUAAUAUACACAGUUCAAUGUUUCAUAUGAAAGGUUUUAUUUUCAGGAAAAGCUUGAACAAUAAGGCCCAUGAUCAGAAUGGAGUGGUUUGUGUACAGUAUACAAACAUGUUCAUGAAAAUACAUGGUAAGUUUCCCCUUAUAAAGGCUAAAAAUGUGGCAUGUUUUUUUUUUUUUAACCCAUCUAUCUUGAACAAAAUAAGCUGCUCGGCAUGUGCUGUAAGUGCAAGCAAACCAUUUUUGGCAGUGUCCAAAAAUAAAACAUCUGCUCCUGG